GCUGACCACCACACAAUCAAGUGCAUCAUCAUCUGAUCCGGCGAUUGUUUUUGAGCGGACAAGGCAUCUUUUUCGAAGAUGAGUUCCAAACCGGAAGAGGACGAUGACGAUUGGUUCACCAAGGACAUUGACGACUUUGAUGUGCCGGACAUCAAGAAACCAUCGGAGGGGGACGCAGAAGCGGAAACCGGAACAUCACUCCUGGAGUCGCUGAAGAUUAAACCGAAACAGUUUUUUGACGACAUCGACGGGAACUAUUUUGAUCCAUUUUUGACGACAUCCUCGGGGGCCUCGUCCCAGACCAAGUUUCACCUCCCGGACGAGCGUGACCGAUACGUGCAGAAGAUUCCGUUUUCGAAGUUGCUGAAUCUGUCGGAGAACGACGGCCACGAGCUCUUUCUGGAUAUUUACAGCCAGAAGGACAGUUGGAUCAGGACAAUUACGCAGGAAAAUGCCGGUGACGAGCUGAUGCUAGUCACGAUGAAAAUCCUGCAGAAGAUUGGAUCGCUGCCGAUGUUUGAGAUAAACGAGGAGUUGUUCGGGAUUCUGGCGAAGCACGAUCAAUUCUGGGACAAUCUGGUGGUGUUUUUCAAGCGUAGCACAAAUCAGAUGGAAAGUCGCAAGAAGAAGGUUAAAGCCAAGUCGGCGGUACAGGGAGUUGGUACGAUGGAUAUGCUGGGGGCGGUUGGGCGAACGUUGACCCUUGUUCGGAAGUUUGGAGCGUAUCGCAAGAAGAUCGCCGGGUUCGUGGAGCAACUCACGGACGUGCUGAACAAGGCCAAUGUGAAAGCGGAUGAGUUGAAGCAAUCGGGAAGCGCGGGGACCAACUGUAGAAAUUUCACGAUCUACCCAACGCUGAGUGACCUGAAGGGACCAGGAAUUGACCUCAAGCCAAACAUAGUCGGUGGAAAGUUUCCAAGUGUCGAACACUAUCUGGAAGUUCACCUGAACUUGUUGAGAGAAGACUUUAUGAUUCCGCUGCGUGAGGGAAUCCGACACUUCCAGGCGCACUGCGAGCGAUCGUCUGAAGACGAACCAUUCUACGGAGACAAUAUCCGGGUUCACCGGUGCGUUCAGUUGUUGCUACCCGGUAGCGUAAAUCGCCGGUCCGCCAAGGAAGAGCUGGUAAUCGUCGAUCUGGAUCCGCACGAUCGUGGAUCGACUGGUAGGUCUGUGCGAUACCAAAAGCUGGCGCUCCAAAACUCGAAACGGCUGAUGCACGGAUCGAUGGUUUGUCUAACGAGCAGUCCCCAGUUUGAAGACCUGAUCGUGGCUAUUAUUAGCCACCGAGAUAAUGAGCAGCUGUACAAUGGGUACGUUUGCGUCGAGAUAAUCAAAAUGGAAAAUAUCAACGAUAUUUUCAAGCGCGAUCUUUUCAUGAUUGAGAGUGAGAUCUUUUUCGAACCGUACCACCAUGUCUUCAACGUGUUGAAGAACCUUCGGGCCGACACGUUUCCUCUCAAGUCCUACAUCGUGGACACGCAGCCACAGCAGCAAUCUCCGGAUUACGUGUCGCGUGACCGCCGAGCUUUGUUCACCCAUCGCGGACAGCAGUUCAACGCAAAGGUCCCGAGCGAGUGGCCCGAAAGUGGAGCCCCGAUUGGGCUCAAUCCUUCACAGUACAAUGCGUUUAAGCUGGCGUUGACGCGCAAAUUCGCGCUGAUUCAGGGACCUCCCGGGACGGGCAAAACGUUCAUUGGUCAGGAGAUUAUCUCAGCGCUGGUGGCAAACACCGAUCACCAGAUCUUGUUGAUUUGUUUGACCAACCACGCGCUCGAUCAGUUCUUAUGCGGUGUUUUGAACUACACUACCAGCCUGGUUCGGAUGGGAAGCCAGUCGAAGCAUUCGACGCUGGAUAGCUACAAUGUGAAGCAACUGAACGAAGAUGUCCUUAUUGAUAAACGCCUGAGGACCUGUUACUACAACACCAAGCAGGAAUAUCUCAAGCUGAUGGAAGAGUUCGAAGCGCUGCAGAAAAACGGGACAACCGAGCAGAUCUUCAAGUGUUUGAACCUUCUUCAGCAGACCUCGCGUCGAAUUCACGAGCUUAACCAGCUGUCCAACUACGAGUUUGUGAAGAACAUCCGGGUGAUCGGAAUGACGACCACGUUCGCUGCCCGCAACCACACCCUACUCCAACUCUUGCGCACCCCAAUCGUCCUCAUCGAGGAAGCCGCCGAAGUCUUGGAGUCACACCUGGUGGCCACUCUAACACCCGCCACGGAACACUGCAUCCUGAUCGGGGACCACUUCCAGCUCCGCCCAACUACCAGCGUGUACGCGCUUUCCCGCCAAUACCAGCUGGACAUUUCGCUCUUCGAACGGAUGAUCCGGAACAACGUGAACGCGGCGUGUCUGUCCGUUCAGCACCGAAUGCGUCCCGAGCUGGCCGACCUGAUUCGACCGGGAAUCUACGCCCAACUGACCGACCACGAAACGGUCCGGGAACGGCCGAAAGUGCGCGGAAUGCGACGCAAUUUGUUCUUCUUUACGCACAACGUACCCGAGGACAGCGGGCCUUCGCGCGAUGAGGAAAAGUCCAAGCGAAACUCGUACGAGUGCAAGUUUUUGCUCGGAUUGUGUGAGUACCUGGUGGCGCAGGGCUACGGACCGGAGGACAUCGUCAUCCUGACGGCGUACAAUGGGCAGAUGCUGCAUCUGGUGCAGGAACGCAAGGGUCACGAGAAGUUGCACGGCAUCCGGAUUACGGUGGUGGACAACUAUCAAGGCGAAGAGGCGAAAAUCGUAUUGUUGUCGCUUGUGCGCAGCAACGACACCGGUUCGAUCGGCUUUUUGGCGUUCCGCAACCGGAUCUGCGUCGCGCUGUCCCGUGCCCGAGACGGUCUGUACAUCGUCGGCAACAUGGACCUGCUGGCGAAGACAAACCCGAUGUGGCAGACGAUCCGAAAGCGGCUGGAGGCACAUUCGGCCAUCGGAAGCGUCCUGGAGUUGAUGUGCGAGGAGCACAUGUGUCUCGUCCAGAUUGAACAACCGGAGGACUUUGAAAAGGUCAGCUACGGUGGCUGCCAGGACAUGUGCCGCGUGGUGAAGGAGUGUGGCCACCAGUGCGACAGCUUCUGCCACGGAGCGCUGUAUCCGCAUCGGGUCUGUAUGUGCAACCAGGACGAAAACGUCAGGUUUUAUUGAUUUUAAAGUCGUACUUUUACAAAACCAAGAUGCACACAAUCCAGUAUUUUUGCAGACCACUUUUAACCGAUAGUCGAACGACAACUUUUAUACAUGUUUAACUGAUAGUUUCUGAAGAUUUUAUGAUGGAACUUUUCUUUCCAAGAAGGAAUUAAAAUCUCUGCCCUAAUAAUAUAAACUCGAUAUAAUUUAUUCACCGUACUCAA